GUUCAAAUGGCUACAAGUACAAUAAUCAGCAACAACAGAAUAUAUACGAACGCCUCCACCACACGAAGCCGCUGAAGAUGAAAGCAGCAUGCAUUGUCCUGACAAUGCUCAUACUGAUGGCAAUCAUGGCGGUCUGUGUCAUGGUCAAAUUCGCCACCGACAUCACAGUAGAAGAGAGGAAGCGAGAGUUCUCUCAAGGAGGCUCCAUCUACCAGUACACCAAAUCCAUGGGAGUGAUCUCCCUGCAUGAUAACUCUACCCUGCACCUCGCUGCGAGGUUCCCCUACGUGGCAGCUAUCACGAGGAACUCCUCCACUUUGUGGUCGUUCGCUUGCUUCGCCAGUGUCGUGCUUAUCAAGUGGGUCGUUACUUCUGCUCAUUGCAGACGCCCUAGCGCCACGCACCGAGUGCUCCUCUUCUACGACUUUGCCCGCAACUACACACACACCUACCCGAUCCUCUUCUGGAGACUCCACGAGAAAUUCAACAUCAGUAACCCCACCCCGCUGUAUGACAUCGCAGUCGCCAAACUGAACGUCGAGUUCCGGCCCUUCAUCAUCAAACCUUCCGUCAUCGACGACAGACAGGUCUUCGCCAUGGAAUCCAGCAUCUGGAAGACUGUCUCCACCAUGGACAAGAAACUAUUCCUCACAAAUGACUUCGAGAAGUAUGCCUUCAACAUUGCUGAACCCAAAAAGUGCUUUGAAAGUUACGGAGUGGAGGUAGUUGAUAGCAUGAUAUGUGUGGACAUGUCGACGCAUGAGGACUGCUUUAUACACGAGUUUGGACCUUUAUACUAUGGGGAUAAGGUCGUGGGUAUCCUGGCGGUGAAGCCGCGCGACUGUGACAUGAAGCUGUCGAUCUUCACGAACGUGUCGUACUACACGAACUGGAUCCUCCGGGCGACGCAUACCAAUUACUACGGAUGA